AUGAGGAACAGGGCUACCACACCGCUAAGCAAGCCAAAAAUCCGGCAGUCAUGGAGCAAAUACAACUUGUAUAACCUCAACCGCAUCCGCAACCCACCCACAGCAAACAGAACCUUCUUCCAGCAAAAAUGGACAGCCAAGGCCAUGGCCCGCGCUUAUCACGGUGAACAGGUUCGCGAGAGUCAAUGGACGCGCAUGUUCUCGCGGCGCCUCCGCAGCGUCGUGCCCAUGAGUCCCUGGAAGAUGGCGCAGGAUGAUGGAUCCAGCAUGGCUGCUGGGCGUGGUUCGGGCCUGGAAACAGACAUGCGGUCUCGUGCUGCAGACGUCAGGACAAAGACACCAUACACGAAUAUGACGUUUGCCCCAUUGGAGCGGAGGCUGGAUGUUGCUAUUUUCCGGGCGCUGUUUGCGAGCAGUGCAAGACAGGCGAGGCAAUUUGUGCUGCAUGGCGCUGUAACUGUCAAUGGGAAGAAGAUGAGGUACCCUGGUUACCUUCUCAACCCCGGCGAUAUGUUCCAGGUCGACCCCGAGCGUGUGAUGUAUGCUACCGGUGCGCCGAAAGACAAAUUCGAACGCCGCGAGGCCCGUGUUGAGCGCAAGAAGGCCGUGGAGACCGAAAAGAAAGAGGAGGGCGAGGGCGAGGAGGCCAAAGAGGGCGAGGAAGCAGAAGCUAAGGAAACCGAGGAAGAGAAGCUUGACACGCGCGAGACGCUGAAGCGCCUCCUUUCCCAGGCCAAAAACAUCAUGGGAAGCAACAAGGACGUGCUACCCGCCAAACGCAAGCAGGAACUGCGUGGCUUCCAAAAAGCCGUCCGUCGUGUCAUGUCCAAGAGUGGUGCAUCCACAUCUACGCUGACCGAUAACCUCGAGACCCAAUUCGCCGAGCUUCUGAAGCUCCUUAAGGCCACUAAGAUCCAGCCCAAAGAAGAGAAGGAGUCCAAGAAGGAAAAUGCAGACGCCGCAGCCAAGUCAGAACCAGCAGAAACAGAAGCCACUGCCAACGCGUCCAACCCUGUGGACACCAAACCCACAGAAGCCCUUACCGAGGCCUUCCGCCAGGCCACGCAGAAUCCAGAAGGCGAAGUUGAUACAUCAGAGCUGACUGAGGAGGAACUCGACGUGCUCAAGCGCGCCCUCGUCCAGAUGCGCGACAACCCCAUCGAUCACUCAAAGCCCUACGCUACCCCUUGGCGGCCACGCGAUUACAUGAGCGCCUUCGCUUUCAUCCCUCGAUAUCUGGAGGUCAACCAGAACAUCUGCGCAGCGGUAUACCUUCGACACCCGGUCGCUCGGCCCGGACACUCAGAAGUGCCCACGCCGUUCGGCGAGGCGGUGUCGACCGCUGCAUUUUCCUGGUACUUGAGACGGCGGUAGAGUUCGUCUUGACCAGUUGCUCAUUGUUUCUCCGCUACCUUCUUCGCUUAUGUAUUACUGGGAUCAGGCGCACCUUGUAUUUGUCAGUUGGUCCGGCAAGUGGCCGUUGUUCACUUUACGGGCUUAUGUAAAUUAACGCAAUAGAGAAGCCUUUCUUGAAUAC